AUGUCUAAAUUUUUCUUGGGAGAUGACGAAGUCAAUCGUUUUGGGGACGAGAGAUUGCCUGACGGAUGGGAGAUGAGGAUUGAUCCAAGGACCAGGUGGCCGUUCUUUAUUGACCACAUCAACAAGAGCACUACUUGGAUUGAUCCUCGUGAAACAUUUCGCCAAUCAGCUUCUCAGAGAUUUCAACCCAACAGUCCAGCUUCUGCAGGUGGCUUCAAUAGCAGACAAAUACCAAUAAGCGUAGACAACAGCAUGCAGUCUGCUACGCGUGACAUGGGAUUUAACAGCAGCAGGUUUCCUGACCAGUCCUACAUGAACAAAAAUGCUGACUUCUUUCAAAACAGAUAUGAUUCUGAUCCAUUUUCAAGAUUUCAAAAAAUGGAUCAGCCCCCAUCACAGUCGCAUUUCAACCAGGACCCAAACCAAUAUUUCUCUUCACAUCCAAAUUCCAGUAACUAUUCUCAACAUUUUCCCAAAAGACAACCUGCUGAAUUUAAUGUACCUAUCAAAGUUUACAAUUCAUCGUUAAAUAAUGAACAAAGACCACAGUUCACAUCAGAAUACAACUUUCAACCUAGAAGUGAACAAAUUAAUCCACAAAACACUGAUCAACAGCAGCAGGCUUCGUUGAAUGUCAACCCAUCUUCCAAUGAACCCACAUUAUUACCUCCAAACGCCCCUCCAAUACCAAUGCCUCCUCCUCCUAUUCAUGUUGUUGAACCAUCUUCUCCAGCUACAAUGCAGACCCCUGCAGAACAAAACCCUACUGGAGCAGAUAAUGAGCCAGUUACAGCCAAUCCUAAAGUUCCGAUCCCCAUGCCUCCACCUGAUCACAAUGAAAACAAGAGCGAGGAGGAGGACAAACUUGGUGUCGGCCAGGUCAAGAGAGGUCGAUCACCAUCUCCUGCUCCUCCAAAUUUAACGGCUCUUGAGGUCAUUCAGAUGAUUGUUGAUGAAGUUAACCAGAGGAGACCAGCUGUUGAGGCAUUUUCUGGUCCCAAAACAGAUAAAAAUUACAUUGUUCAGGAAGAAAUGCUUACAAGACUGCUCAUAAAGUUAGAUAGGAUUGAUUCAGAGGGCAAAGAUGAAAUCAGGAAAGCCAGAAAGGAUGCAGUUGUGUCUGUUCAGACUCUCCUAGAUACUUUAGAAUCCAAAGUUGUUAAGAAGCAGUGAAAGUGACAUUAUGCAUUUUAGCAAAACUGAUAUUUUAAUUGUUUGAAACAACUAAAUAGGAGGUAUGUGCAUGUGGUACAACUUAUCAAGAAUGUUUUCAUUUUCUGCUUUUAAUUAUUAUUCAACAAUUUAUGAGUGUUAACGUGAUUUUUAUCAUUUUUUCAGUAAUUCAAUUGAACAUCAUUAAUUUCGCAUACAUCAAUCGUAUCAAUAAUUUGAUUGUUUUCACCUUUACUUGCUGAUUGUAAUUUGCGUACUUGUGGAGAUAGUUAUUAUUGAUGUUCCUUCAAACAACCGAAAUUGACUUUGAAUUUUAGCACUAUGAUAACUAAUUAAUUAAUAAUUCGAAUUUUAAGUGCCUAUUAUGAUUUCAUCGUAUUAAUUUAUUUUCGUCCUCUCUUAAUUAGUCACCUAACUUUAUGAAUGAAUGAGUCUAAAGCUAAUUGGUUGGCCACGAUUGCGUAAUAUCCAUUGAAUUUAUUCAUUGUUACAAAAAAUUAUUUGUGAAUUAAAUUUUUUUUUAGGAUUAUAAGUAAAUUGUAAUAAAUUAUGGCUAUUACUUACAGCUUGAUUUUUUUCUAGGUACAUAAACCUUUUUCUUUAAAUAGUACUGUUAGAUGCAUCCAUUAGUUGAAACUAACAUCGUUUCAAAUGUUUCAAUACUUAACAUGGUAUUUAUACGUUUUUCUCUAACUAAUCACUAGUAUUUAUACAUAGAACAUUUUUGUACAAUAAAAUGUGUUGCAACAUUCAUGUUUCUGCUUGGAUUGUUCUACGUAAAUUUUGGAUAGCAUUUCAUGUAAUCUAAUAUAGUUUAAUUGUAGAAAAAACUGUAUUUUCCAAAUUUAUUUUCCAUUAAAAAAUAAAUAAGAUUUUUU